AGUUACGUUCAGUACGUGACCAGCUGAUGGAAAAAAAAAACAAGCCUUCACAGCUUUGUCUGACUUUAUGUCGAUAGUAAACCGCCACUGUUGCUAUAGAUGGCAUUGCUGCUUGACUGACUGAACGUCAAUAUGCAUGCAUGUACAAAAGCAAGCCAGAAAUGGAGAUGUGUGUGUGUACACUUUUAAAAAACGUCAAACGCUUGCCUACGUGCGUCAUGAGCCACGAGUGGAACAAGUAGUGGGAUAAGUACAGUCAGAAACUGUCUGUACGGCCAAUGUACUUAACGUGACUUAAAGAAAGAAUCCAAUUAACGCCAUAACAGCUUGCAGUUACAGAACUAUGUCGAAUGGGAGCAGAUUGUUGGAAGUGCUCUUGAAGGUUUCUGAGAAAGCAGCAAAUAUUGCCAGAGCUUGUCGUCAGAAUGAUACUCUGUUCAAAUUGCUCGUUCAAGAGAAAUCAGAGGAAGAGAAGAAUCCUAGAUUCUUCCAGGAUUUUAAGACCCUAGCUGAUGUUCUUAUCCAGGAGACGAUCAGACACGAUAUAGGCAUUGAGUUUCCAGAGUUAGCAAAGAAGGUCAAGGGCGAGGAAAGUAAUGUCUUCAGCAAUGCUUUGGGUGAAACUGUAAUAGUCCAAGUGUAUCCAUCUCCUGAGGAGACGACUCAGCUUCUCAUUAAAGUCUUGAAUAAUGAUACUGCAACUGCCACUUUACUUGCAUCCGAAGUUCAUAAAAAGAUAUCCUUGGAAGAUGUACCAGUUAGUGGCAGUCUCGUAGAAGACUUUAAUAUUGACAUGGAUGAUCUUGGCAUUUGGAUAGAUCCUAUUGAUUCUACAGCUGAUUACAUUAAUGGCAUAGAGCUGAUGGAUUCAGUUGGCAAAAUACACUUAAGCGGUUUGCGGUGUGUUACUGUAUUAAUUGGGGCGUAUCUUGGAAGCACUGGAUUGCCCGUUUUGGGAGUUGUGAAUCAGCCUUUCUACACACAAAACAAUCAAUCGUGGACUGGAAUCUGCUACUGGGGAUCGGUAAACGGCGACGUUGGGGAAUCGUCCUUGAAACAUUCGAAGCUCAGCAGUGGCGUCGUCGUUUUGAGUCGUUCCGAAGAUCCAGAAGUAAAGGCGAAGCUUUCAAACGGUGGUUUCAGUAUAGUUGAGUCAUCCGGAGCUGGUUAUAAAAUUCUUACCGUUAUUACUGGUCAGGCUGAUGCUUAUGUUCUAUCAAAAGGUUCAACCUAUCGGUGGGAUACUUGUGCACCUCAAUCCAUAUUGCGUUCCGUGGGCGGAGGUAUCCUUGAUUAUUCGAAAUUCAUGGACAGUUCAAGUAAGGAUCAAUUGGACCUUAAAUAUUCAUUGAGCGAAAAAUGUUUCUCGAAUAAAGGUGGUCUCAUCGCCUAUCGAGACCCCGUCAUCUUGGAGUCUCUAGAGCGUUUGCUCUCUCAGUAACAAUUUUAUUCCAUAAUAAUCUAGAAUUGGACGAGGAAUACCACCACGCCCAAAUAUCUGUCUCGUAUUUUUAGUGAGAAUUCAUGUUAUAUUUAUUUGACAGUCAUUAUUUAUCAAAAAUGGAAAUCAAUUUUAAAAAUAACAUGCACUAGCUAUCUCUAUGUAUCUUCUAUGUACGUGAUGUAAAAGGUACAAUAAAUGUCGUCUACCAAAGGUA